GUUUUCACGAAUACUUCAUUCUACCGCAAAUCGUCCUAAGGUUAACAUCCUAUCCUAAUCAAUUCAGUGAACGUGACAUUGAGUGAAAGCCGGCAUUUCCUGCUGUUUGCUGUCGUUUUCCCUGGAAAAUUUUGAAAUAAUUUUUGUUUAAAAAGUAUAUUUUUUGUGAAAUUUAAAAAUUAAGUGAACAUCAACAGUUGUUUAUAGUUAUCGAUCGGAGAGCAAUUUUCCACGAUCGCACUUAGUUUUCGUCCUAUCGAAGACGAUAUUUUACCAAAAACGUUAAAACCCAAGAAUCACCGUCACAACCGCCGAGAUGGCGUUCAUGAUGCCUGUUGUCAAGAACGACUGGGACAUAUACAACUCCCAGCGGAGCCGGCGGGUGUCCGAGUCAGCGGAGAAGGCGGGGCUCGGCCACGGCCGCGUCCGCAAGGUGUCGGAGUCGCGGUCCGAGGGGCCCGUGCUGUCGCCGCGCUCGCACACGCUGAGCCCGCACCGCAGCGCGCCCGCGAUGCGCUCGCUGUCCUACUGCCGCGCGCCGCCGUCGCGCGUCUCGCUGCGCACCGCCAGCGACAGCCCCAGCAAGGGUUCGGCUAGCCCCAAGAGCGCCGUGCGCGAGGACAAGUUCCACAGCAGGGCGCGCGCAGAGUCCCCGGAGCGGCACUCGCGCUGCGGAGCGUGCGUGCCCUACCUGUGACGGCCGGCCGCCGCAGCCGGCUCGUCCGCGGCGCCACACUAUCUGUGAUAUGUUUCCGAUAGUGCACACGCAAAGAGAUGAGUAGACAAUGAUGAAUGUGCUAACUAACCGCCUAUGGUCUUUCGGACGCUGAGAACCUAACGUUUGAAGUUACACCGACACAAUGCAAUAGUUUUAGUUGUCAUACCGUGAGUCGCUUUCCUUAACUGUUGCAUGUUUGUUAGUUGUCAUCGUACCGUAUAUCAUAUGAGCAGGUUGUCAGAUUUAGGUUGUAAACAUGAAAGUACGUUGUAUGGAUUUUAAGACUGCGUUUAGUUUAAGCACGCCCUGGGGUUCGAUAAGUAUUAUUUGAAAAAUCGCCCCAGCGGUCACUAGAGGUUAGUUUGUGGCAGUUUGCGAAGGGUAUCUGUGAUUCGUUAUUUGUAAGUAAUGUGGUUUUAUUUAUUUAAGUUGAAAAGGAGAUUGCAUUCAGUUUUAUUGUUUGUGAGAGUCCUUAUUGUUUGACAUAAUUCUAAUAACUAUCACUUAGUAUUUGUUUAGUUGAAAUUUGUUGAUCAGAAAUAGGAUAUUUUGGUGAGUUAAUUAAAAUUCUGCAGCUGCUCCAUUAGGCAAUUGGAAAUGAAUCGAAAACAGGUGAAUUCAAUACGGUAGAGAAUGAGACAUUUGUUAUAAUAUUUGUACUGUAGUUGUAAUGAGAGUACCUUUAUAUUAAUGUACACGUACACGUAGUGCAAACUGUCGAUAUUGAUAAUUGUAAGCAGUGUUGUAUUGUAGUCAUCGAUGUAAUAAUACAAUGAAAAUUUAUUUAUAUAGAGGACGGGGCUUGCCCUUGUUUUACAAACAACUUUGUUAUGAUUUCGCUUGAUUUUAUUAUGAUGUUAUCUUGUGACUGUAAUUGGACCAGCUUUGUUAAUAGUAUUAUCUAUCAGUGAAACUGAAGUCGAUAAUAGUGAUAUAAAGUAAGAUGUAUCAUUAAAUUCUAAAGUUAAGGCAUAUCUCGAUGAGAUUUUGAUGAGGGCACCAAGGAGUGAUGUAUCGAUGUGUUUAUUUCGUUUGCUUGUCAAAGUUCCUUAUGUCUAUUGGGCUGCCGCAAGGUAGUUACAUGGGCCUAUUUAAAUUUUUAGAUUUAUGCUAUCUACUAGUUUUAUACGAUACCAAAAUUUUAAUCUUACAUUAUCAUUGAAUUGUUUGCAAACAUUUUUAAAUGCAUGUAUUGUCAUUGUCAACGAUGUCUGAUCUGAUGAUUUUAAACUAUUAAACACUUAAAUAUAAAGCUUAUUCUGAGAAA